AUGUCGUUCACCAACGUCGAGCCCAAGGGGCCUCACGGCCCCGACGACACCCUGGAGACAUCCGUCUCCCAGGUUCAUAGCUCCGAUAACGUCGACGAGAAGACCAUCGAUACUCCUAAGAACGCAGUACUUGGCUCAGAGAUUCUCGAUAUGUCUAGCGCUGAUCGCCACGACGAUAGCGACAACGACAGCAAAGAUGUCAUUAUCGUGACCGGUGCCGAUGCCUCUCGCCACCUACUCCCGAUGAGAGAUGACCAUGACAAUGCAUUGACUUUCCGAAGUCUCUUCCUUGCCUCUUGUCUUGCAUGCUUCCAGGCUGUGAUGUACCAGAUCUAUACAGCAUCAUCUGAUAUCAGUCUCCAGUUCAAACCCACUAUGAUCACAAUUCAAGGAACUUUCAUCGUCCUCAUCUCAUACUUUAUCGGCAACGCUUGGGCAUUCGCUCUCCCUCGCGGUGACAAGUAUGAAGCUCGGUGGAUAGCUAAGGGUAAUAGUGGUUCCCUGCCAGUCUGGCUCAAAGCCAUCAAGGUCUUCAACCCAGGUCCCUGGGGUCUCAAAGAGCAUGCCAUCUGUGCUAUCACGGCUACAUCCGCUUCUAAUGCCGCCGCGAGUGUCCAGGUUUUUGCCGCACAGGAUCUUUUCUACGACAUGCCCUUGAGUGCCACCACUGUCAUCUUGAGUACCAUCUCAAUUGGGUUGUUUGGCUAUGGCCUUUGCGGUAUCAUGCGUCCCGUAGCUGUUUGGCAUGUCGACGCUGUUUUCUGGAGUAACUUGCCUACUGUCAAAACACUUCAAGGCCUCCAUUGGCAAGAGGUCAAAGACUCCAAGCCUCUCCGAUACUUCUGGUACAGUUUUACUGGCAUGUCACUAUACGAGUUCUUCCCCGCCUAUAUCUUCCCCUGGCUUAACUCGGUUUCUGUGCCUUGUCUUGCUGCUAUGAAGGCAACCGGCGAAAAGGCUGAACACCUCACCAACAUCUUUGGUGGAGCUACAAACAAUGAAGGUCUCGGUCUUUUCACUCUAUCUUUCGAUUGGCAAUAUAUUACCUCCUUCAACACCUCUCUCCCUCUACCCCUCCAGGCUCAUAUGGCUGUCGGAUUCUUCGUCUGCUACAUUGUCAUGGUGGCUAUCUACUACGGCAAUGGCUGGGGUGCCAAGUCUCUUCCAUUCAUGUCUACUCGUCUCCUGAUGGAGAACGGCACGACAUAUCCCGUUGCUCAGGUUUUCGAGGGUGGAGUCCUCAAUGAAGAACGACUGUUGGAGUUCGGUCUUCCCAAAUUGACUGGCACCUUUGCUUACGCUAUGUUUAUGGCCAAUGCUGCGAUUGGUGCCCUCAUCUUUCAUUGCAUCCUCUUCUGGGGCAAGGAUGUCGUGAAGGCGUUCAAGAGUGCAAAGGAGGGUCGUUACGAUGAUCGUCAUCAUGAACACAUGGCCAAGAACUAUAAGGAAGCGCCAUGGUGGUGGUAUAUUUCCAUCCUUAUUGGUAGCUUUAUUCUCGGUCUUAUCGUUGUGAUCAAGGAGAACAUCACUCUUCCUAUAUGGGCAUACGUAUUGUCGCUUGUGAUGGGCUCCAUCAUUGCACCAGUCAGCACACUUCUUUACUCUAGGUACGGCAACGGAAUUGCUACCAACAACCUUUCGAAGAUGUUGGCUGGUCUUAUGCUUCCUGGAAAGCCUGUGGGUAACAUGUACUUCGCGGCAUGGUCUCACAACGUAAUUUCCAAUGCUGUCAACCUGUCUGGUGAUCUCAAGAUGGGAGAAUACCUCAAAAUCCCCCCUCGUGUCAUGUUCCUUACACAAAUCUGGGGAACCAUCCUCGGUGGCUUCAUCAACUAUGCUGUGAUGAUUAGCAUUGUGGGAAGUAACCGUGAGCUUCUUCGAGACGGCGACGGAAACUCGUCUUGGAGCGGCGCCACUAUGCAGUCAUACAACACCAAUGCAACCUCAUGGGCACUGGCUGGGUACCUAUAUAAGAUUGGUGGUGCCUAUGAAAUCGUACCUUUUGGUCUCUUGGUUGGUGCAGGCUUGGUGGUUGUGCAUCGCAUUUUCUACAAGUUCUACCCCAAGAUCAAGAGCUUCGAUGUCGCCGACAUCAACUUCGCCCAGUUCAUCCAGUAUGCUGGUUACAUCCCUUACAACCAGAGCCAAACUUGUGUCAUCUUCAGCCAGUUGCUCUCUGGCUUCUUCGUUCAGUUCUACCUCCGAAACUACCGCCCGCGUGUCUUUAGAGACUACUCGUACCUGGUGACUGGUGCUUUUGAUGGCGCAAGUCUCACUGUUCUUUUCAUCCUCUCCUUUGCUGUCUUCGGUGCCGGUGGUCCUGGCCAUCCUUUCCCAAGCUGGUGGGGGAACAAUGUCAAUGGCAACUAUGAUCUUUGCCCUGUUGCCGAAUGA